AUGGAAAAGUUUUCUACUUGGAGGGAUAAGGGUACUGGGAUUUCUCCCUUCAUGCCUGUCGAUGCUCCUCCCAGCUCGAUUGCAAGCAAAUACUUGGCUCAACCUGUUUUGUAUGUGUUCAAGUUCCCGAUCUUGAUCAUCACUUUGGCGUUGUACUAUGCCCUCAUCCCAUUCCCAGCAGUUGCCAAUUUCAUAGUGACCAAGCUUUACGGUUUUAGAAGAAUCGAAACCACUGUAGAUGGACUCAAAAGGUCCAAGGUUGCUGAAAUUCAGGCUGCUAAGCCAAAGGUCAAUGACAUUGUCGUGGUGAACUAUGUUGCACCCAUCAACGGCUUGAUCUUAGCAAGUAUUGCGCAAUGUUCUUGGAGGAGCAUUGUUAUACUUAUACCCGCUGCAAAUGGAGAGUAUUACUCCUACUCCAUUUGGGAUGUGUUCACCAGGGCCAUGGAUGAAAUUAGCACACCUAAUCCAAGUGCCCAACCGAUCACUGAUUUGACAGCUCUUAAGGGUAAACUUGUAUUUAUAUUCCCAGAAGGGACACCAUCUAACAAUAGGUCUAUUUUACCAUUUGUUACCCUGAAAACCAAUAAAUUGAAAGUGAACAACGUAUUCACCUUUAAGACCUUGCUGUUGAAGAUCUCACCGCUCCAUUUCACCACUCCGUUACCCUUGACUUCGAAAUUUGCUUAUGUGUAUUCCUUGUUAACGAAUUUACAUAACAAAAGCGUAAUAUCUGUAAAGAUCUUUGAGCAUGGCCAAAGCAAUGAAUUAGACUUCAAUUUAUCAAAAAGGUCUUUUGAAACGAAUCAAUUGAACUCGGUAGGUGACUACUUAGACAUCCAAAUGAAAGAAAAGUUCUACGCUGAGUACAUUAAAGUAAAGCGAUAG